UCAGCAUAGAGCUUGCGAAAUCAAACUCGUACUUACCAUCUGCCAAGAUGAACAAUACCAACGGCAACACCACCUCUCCCCGCCCAGAAUGCCACUACAGCAAAGGCAACAUCAACACGACUUCACUUCCCGAGAACGGCUCCUGGGUUGCCAUAGCAGAUGCAUACCCCAACUACACGCGCGCAAUGGCGCAGUGCUGCGGCGCAGACCACCCCUCUGACUUCUACGGCCCGGACGCGUGCUUCCGGUAUUGCAAUGUCACAGACGGUCCGGAUGGUCGGAAUGUGAAAAACGUCUCGGACUGUUUGACGGAUACGUUUGGAAUUCCGUGGUGGUGGGUGCAUUCGCGGGCGCAAUAUAACCAUGAUCUCGAUGGUGCGGCGGUGAGGUUAGGGAACGGAGGGGGGAAGAUGGGGCUUCUUGUCUUGAUUGUUGGGUUGUUGGGGGUAUUUGGAGGGGGGAUAUAGUGCACAUAGUGCGAUGGUGAAUCGAAUGUGGUGUGAAGCUAUGUUUGGUAGAGUUGGAUCUAAUGAUGGGAUUGGAGUAGUGCAGGUCUGGAAUUUGUGGAUACCCCUUGACCGAUAUUCUGGAAAUCGACAUUUCGUGGCCAAACUUAGCCCGCUGUCUGACGUAUAUGCACCUUAUCUGCAUCACAAAGCCUGAUUUUGGAACCAGCCGAGGUAAGUAAGGAAGUGAGUUGUAAAA